UGCCCAGCGCCGGAGCCGAGCGGCCACGGUGGGGGCAGCCCGGCCGGGGCGGCGCACGGUGCCGACCAGCACCCAAGGCAGCCGGUACCGGGGGCUGGGCCAGGAGCGGGGACCGGGACCGUGGGUCGGACCGAACAGAGGGGACCGGGGUAGUGCCAGGGAGCGGGUCCCGGGAGCGGGGCUGUGCCAAGGGGACGGAGCAGGUGCGGACGCCGGCGGCACAGCCUUAGAAUAACGAGGGUCCUCGGUGCAAGGGACAGCGGGAGGAAGAGAAGGACUGGGACGGGGAGAGAGGGGUCCCCGGUCCCAACAGGCGGUGACAGGAGAGGUCCCAGGACCAGAAUAGCGGCAUUCGGAUGGGAUAAGGGGGGGGGUCCGGUACCGGGGGCGCAGUGCAGGGACCGAGGAGAGGAGGAAGCACCAGAGCGCGGGAUUUAGACGGGAACGGGGAGCAAGACUGUGACGCGGAGUCAGAUCCCGGUGCCGGUCCCGAGGCAGCCCAGUGCCAGAGCCAGGGCAUUGCCUGGAGCUGGAUGCCGGUGCCCGGUGCUGGGACGCCGUUCUGCGAGGGCUUUCCCUAAGGCUGGGGCUGUGUCGGGGACUUCCCGGGACCGGGGUGCAGGCGAGGGGGUGCUUAUACCGUGGGCGCGCAACCGGCGGCGCUCCGAGUGGGUGGCGGCACCGGCGAGGGGGGGUACGGGGGGGUGGUCAGUCGUCCCGAGCGGCCACGGAUCCCGCAGCAGCGACGGGACCGUGGGUGUGAGAAGGAAACGGCGCCGACCCGCCCCUGGCACCGCGACCAUCUAAAAGCCCCGGGGCCACCGCACCGGGACCAUGCCCGCCCCAGCCGCCCGUGCCCCCGGCGACUGAGCGGGACCCGCGGAGGCAGCGGGGCCCGGCGGGCGGGAUGCCCCGGUGGACGCCGCUCGCCCUCGUCCUGCUCGGGCUCGCCGCCUGCCUGCUGGCCGCGCCGGUGCUCGGCUGUGGCCCGGGUCGGGGCCCGGUGGGGCGGCGGCGGCUGGGGCGGCGGCAGCUUUCGCCUCUGCUCUACAAGCAGUUCGUGCCCAACGUGCCCGAGCAGACGCUGGGGGCGAGCGGGAAGGCGGAGGGCAAAGUGCUGCGGGGCUCGGAGCGCUUCAGGGACCUGGUGCCCAACUACAAUCCCGACAUCAUCUUCAAGGACGAGGAGAACACGGGGGCGGACCGGCUCAUGACCGAGCGCUGCAAGGAGCGUGUGAACUCGCUGGCCAUCGCCGUGAUGAACAUGUGGCCGGGGGUGAAGCUGAGGGUGACGGAGGGCUGGGAUGAAGAUGGGCACCACCUCCCUGACUCUCUGCACUACGAGGGCCGGGCGCUGGACAUCACCACGUCCGACCGUGACCGCCACAAGUACGGCAUGCUGGCACGCCUGGCCGUGGAGGCCGGCUUCGACUGGGUCUACUACGAGUCCAAGGCGCACAUCCACGUCUCUGUCAGAGCAGAUAACUCGCUGGCUGUCCGCACCGGUGGCUGCUUUCCCGGCCACGCCACCGUGACGCUGCAGAGCGGUGAGCACCGGGGCCUGGCUGAGCUGCGCCGGGGCGACUGGGUGCUGGGCGCCGAGCCGGGCGGGCGCCUGGUGCCCACUGAGGUGCUGCUCUUCCUCCACCGGGACCUGGGCCAGCGUGCCUCCUUCGUGGCCAUCGAGACAGCCAGCCCAGCUCGCAGGCUGCUCCUCACUCCAUCCCACCUGGUGUUCACAGCUCGUGGGGAGGGCAACGGCUCCGCCGCCUUCCUGCCCAUCUUCGCCCGCCACGUGCGCCCGGGCGACGCCGUGCUGGCCCACGGGGCCGGCGGGCAGGGGCUGCGCCCCACGCGGGUGCUGAGGGUCUCUCGGGAGGACGGCGUGGGGGUCUUUGCCCCGCUCACCUCCCACGGCACUUUGCUGGUUAACGGGGUGCUGGCAUCCUGCUACGCGGUCCUGGAGAGUCACCGCUGGGCCCACCGGGCUUUCGCGCCCCUCCGCCUCUUCCACGGGCUCCUCUCGCUGCUGCCAGCCCACCCCGAGGUGGGCAACGGGACCGUGCCAGAGGUGGGCAUGCAUUGGUACUCCCGCCUGCUCUACCGGCUGGCCGGGGGCGUGCUGGGCCACGAGGCCCUGCAGGUGUAGGGGUGCCUGCCCCCCAUUUCUGGCAGGUGAUGUCACACACCAGAUGCCAAACACGGGGCUCCAGCCCUGGGCACCCCUUGGACCUGGGGAGGAGGGAGAGGGGUGCCCUCAGUGCUGUGGGGAGGUUGGGGCUCAGCACAGCCCUGGGACGUGGGGUGGAGUGGCACGGGGUGGCCCCGGGAUCUGGCUCAGCCGUUUCCUGUGUCCUAGAGCCCCCCAUGGCUGGCCCCCAUGCCCAGACCCCCCUGGUAUUUAUUGCUUCAUUAACCACUGCACUGGGGCUGGGGUUGGUGCCUGCCAAACCCCAGCCAGGCAGCACCAGACUCUGCCCUGGGGCCAAAUCCAGCUGGGGGGUUGCCAAAAACACCCCAAGACUGAGCACUGGGCAGCAGUUCCUGCCCGUCUCACUGCUCUGGGUCUGUCCCUGUCACCCACAUGGUGGCUGGAUGGGUGUCUGCAGUGGGCACCGGGUGUCUGCCACGGGCACGGGCACCCCAUGCCAGGUCCAACUCUAACCAUGCUAACUGCUAACCCGCCCUGCUUGAGAGUUUUAUUUUUCUAUUUAUAAAAGGUAAUAUAAAUGUCCCCCAUGCCUGCCUGCCCUGGCAGAGGGGCUCACCCCACGGGGCAGGGGGCAGCCUGCUUUUAACCACUUCAGUUUAAAAAAAACCCAAAAGAAAUACUACUAUUUAAUUGUUUGGGAAAAUAAAGAAAGUCUAUGGCCCU